AUGCAGUCUAUGCCCUAUUAUCAGCAAGGCUAUCAGGCCACUGCUUCCUACUCCAACAACGGAUCGCCCGUCCCCUCAUCUGUCCUCACCACCGCCGCUCCUCCAAUGAUGACCCAUACUAAUGGCAUGUCGCCCUUACCCCAUCAGGCGCUAGGUGAAAUAGCCCAGUCGCAGCAGCCCCCGAAGCGCAAGCAGGUCAAGAACGCAUGCACAAACUGUCAAAAGGCCUGCAAAAAAUGUGAUGACGCUCGUCCUUGCCCACGAUGCAUAAAGUACGGUAUUGCCGACACGUGUGUCAAUUCCGUACGCAAGGAGCGGAAGAAAGGGAUCAAGCGCGGCCCAUACAAGAGAAGAACAAAGGACGGCAGCGAUCGUGCGUCGGUUUCCUCGGCUGGCAACAGUCGCAAGGAUGAAGGCAGCUCGUUGCUCGACUCGCAUCAGCCACCACAGCCUGCACAAGCGAGCCAUCAGUCGCCAUACAUGCGUCCUCCCUCGAUGGCUUUUGGUUAUCCCAGCAAUUUGAACCAGUAUGGCCAGCCCACGACGUAUGACCCGUAUGGCUCCUAUGCAGCUGCGUAUCACAAGGAUCAAAUGAUGCCGCAAUCGUAUGUUGUGAACCCAAUGUACCAGUCGAUGGGCUAUCCUGUCCUGAUGCCAGGCGCUACGGACAACCAACAGCAUCAACCGCAGCAGCAACAACAACAACAACAACAACCACAACAACAGCAGGCGUAUGCUGCUGCUCAGCAUUCGCCUGUGCCUCAGCAGCAUUACAGUCUACUCCAUCAACAAUCAUCGCGUCCGUUUGGUGACCAUCCUCAGCCAAUGACACCCGUGCCAAGCGCAUCGACUUCCUCGGGAACAUCCACGCCUCCAGAAGCAAACACCGAAGAUGACGAUGGAUCCAAGUACGCACGUCUGUCGCAACUCUGCACUGCUGCGCUACAUCACAACACCAACACUACUAGCACUACUACACCCAACGCAGCUAGCGAACAACCACAGAACACGCACUCUACUACUGAUUCGCCUAAUCCACAACAACAACAACAACAACAACAGUCAUAA